AUGAAGAAUGGAGAUAAAUUCGUCACGCCGGGAAAACACAGGCAAGGCCAAACUAAGAAACAGAUAGAUGAUUUCGAUCUUUGUGUCAUUCGUCAAAAAGUUAUUUUUUUCUAUAAAGUACAGAAAAAAGUACCUACAUUAAGAAAACUAUUGGCCGUGAUAAGGGAAGAAAAUUUUGUUCGCAGCGAUGAAUUUUUAAGACAAAUUUUAAAUUCUACUGGCUUUAAAUUUAAAAAAUGCCCAACAAACAGACAGGCUCUCAUAGAAAAACCAGUUAUUGCUUCAAAGCGUACAUACAUCUGCAAAAGUUGA